AUGGAAAACAUACAGACAAUCCGAUCCCGAAAGUCACAUCAUAAAUCUCGUUCAGGGUGUGGGAAUUGUAAAAGACGGCGAAUAAAAUGUGACGAAAGGAAGCCAGCUUGCUCGAAAUGCAUCCAUCAUGCUAUCGAUUGCGACUUUCUCUCGACAGGAGCUACACCAUCAGCUUCGCCCUCUUCAGCACCAUCCCCACCCAAAGCUUCGAAAGCGCAAUUUCAAUUCAAGCCUUCUAAAUACCAAUCUAAAAAAUGCAAGCCCAAGGACGAAACAUGCGAGACAUCUUCGCAGACAGUCUCCACGGAAGUCCAGUCCAAGGAUUCCAGCUCCAGCGCCCUAUCACAGAGUCAGGAUAUGAUCUCAUUCGCCGACCUACGACUCUUCCACCACUUUGUCACAGAGACAUAUCGCACCCUAGUGGACGAAGCAACCGAUCGCAAUCAAGUCUGGAGAACUCACCUUCCACAAUGGGGGUUCUCCACGCCAUCUAUCUUCCAUCUCAUGUUGGCGCUGGCAGCUUUGCAUCUGGGCUACCUCCACCCCGAGAAAAGAGACCGGUAUGUGUUGCAGGCAGAUGACCACUUCACGUUCGGCAUUCGAUCCGUGUCAGCUAUUCUAUCGAGCCUUGACUCAGGGAACUGCCAGUCGAUCUACAUGUCGACAGUGCUGAUAUGUUUUGUCUAUUUUGCACACGGUCCAAAACCCGGUGAAUACCUUGUGUUCAGUGAGACCGGCAAGGCCGAAUGGCUGGUUCUUAUGAGAGGAGUGAGGUCGAUUUUGUUCUCUAGCCAUGACAAAAUCUUUACUGGUGUCUUAGAGAUUCAAACCGACCCUGAUAUUCAGGGCGUCAGCCCCCUGUUACAAGAUGAGCUCGAAAAACAUCAGUCUCGGAUUAAAGCACUUCAACGUUUUAUUGAAACGCAAGCUGGCGGGAGUUCCACGUCUCAGAUUUAUACCGAUGCACUUGAAAACUUGUUCGAAAUGUUUGAGGAAGCAUACCGGUAUCUAAGUGCUGGGAAGGAUGGUGUUAACUUGAUGGCCCCCCUCUUCGGGUGGAUAUACAGACGGCCUGAUGAGUUCAUCUGUCUUCUUGAGGAAAAGGAGCCAUUUGCGCUGGUUAUUCUUGCUUACUGGUGUAUUCUUUUGAGGUUCAUGAGAUCCUCGUGGCUUAUGAUCGCUUGGGAUCGACAUGUCAUUACGGGAAUUCGGCAGUCUCUAGGAACUGAAUUCCAUCAAUGGAUUGAGUGGCCUGUGUGUGUCAUUUGCGAUUGA